AUAACCUAACCUUGAAAAUUUGACAGCUGUCAAUGUGUACUGCAGUUUGUCAACACUGUUAUUGUACUUGAGUUUUUAUUAAUUGAUUGUGAUCCUGCUAAAGAAAAAUCAUCAGAAAUGACUAUGCGACCAGACGACCACCGCCGAAAAUGGGACAGGGACGAAUACGAGAGGUUAGCCGAGGAGCGCAAGAGGGAAGAAAUCGAGCGCCUCGAAGAAGAAACCAAGAAAAAGAAAGGCCCCCCGGUGAAACGUGAAAUGCUAAAAACCCGAGAGUAUAAAGUAGACCUGGAUUCAAAGCUUGGCAAAAGCAUUGUAAUAAACAAAAACACACCAACAUCACAAUCGGGGGGCUACUACUGCAACGUCUGCGACUGUGUUGUUAAAGAUUCAAUCAACUUUUUGGAUCACAUCAAUGGCAAAAAGCAUCAACGAAACUUGGGAAUGUCGAUGCGGAUCGAACGCAGCAGUCUGGACGCAGUUAAACGAAGGUUUGACCAAAACAAGCGGAAAAUGGAGGAGAAGAAAAAAGAUUACGAUAUGGCAGCUCGCAUGCAGGAAAUUGCCGAAGAAGAGGAAAAGCUACGCGAAUACAGGAGGGAGAAAAGGAAAGAGAAGCGAAAAGCUGAGGAAAUGUUGGAAGAAACAUCUGAACAAGCAAGUGAGCUUGCUAGCAUUAUGGGAUUUGCAGGUUUUGGAUCGUCUAAAAAAAAGUAGCAAAAUGUCUUUCAAUACCUUUAUUACAAUAAUUUAGAUUUGUUGAAGUUUAAAUAAAAAUCAAUAUUAUGCUAACUAGUAAGUGAAGUACAGUUGGAAGAAUCAUUGUGUCAGCCUGUAAAAAAUAAUUGUAAAUGAAAUAAAUGUGAAGGAACAA